CGGACAAUAAUUCAUGUCUUUUUAAAUGAUUUUUCAAGACGAUUUCUGCUUUCUUUGGUUCCACAACACUCAUGAUACGAACUCUGAGAAAGACUAAAGAAAAUGGAAGAACGAUUCGAGUCACGGUUCUUAUUCCAAGGGUCGCAACAAUAAACAAUCUAUAUUAAAGAAUCGUGUUUAGGGUGAUACAAUGGUUGUCAUCAUUGAAUCACACACGCGAGAAAACUUAUUGGAAAAUAUACGUAGAUUUUAAUAUGAGACCGAGUUAUGCUAUUUUAAAAUAUAAGCUCCAGUUUCGUUUUUAUUUAGUCGCUGAAUUAUAUUAAAUAUCUAAAAGGCGGAAGAGACUCUUUCGAGAUCGCUCUUUUCGUAUUCAUUGGAAUAUGUACACGUAAUUGAUCGACCUUUAUAAAAAUGAGGAUAGAUAUAUGGAUAAAUGAUAAUUCUGGAUUAAAUAAAUCGAUUCUGCGUAUGAAUAAAGGGAAAAGAGAAGAUGAUGAUAUAAUUUCGUGUUAAGCGUAAUUAAUUAUAAAUUAAUAUUUUUCUAAUAAAAGACGAUUGUACAUCGACAAGAUUAUCCUUACGCAGGCGUAAGCAAUAAGUCGAAAGCCUUGUGUAGCUUUGCUGUUGCUAAGGCUACCGUUGGUAGCCGGUCAACGGCAGCAAAUGGAUCGGAUGUAUCGAUGUCUAAAUAUACGUUUAGUACAGAAUUUACAUUUGUGCCAAGAGCACCAUAAAAGUUUUUCAUUUUUUUAAAUUUCUUCCUUUCAUCAAUUCACUUGAUAGAUAUGGGAAGGUGGGUACAUGUUGCAAAGAUAUUAAAUGAUUUUUACGGGAUCGUACUUGUCUUAGCAACUUGCGUGACAACAUCGGUGAUAGGCGAAUCAUUGAUACAAUCAAACUGUAGCAUCGAUCCCUGUAUGUAUGGAAUUUGUUUGGAUAACGACAACAGCAGUAGCUCUUAUUCGUGUUACUGUAUCGAUGGAUAUACCGGAAUUAAUUGCGAAAUUAAUUGGGACGAUUGUUGGUCAAAUCCUUGUCUCAAUGGUGGAAUAUGUACGGAUGCUGUGGCAGCUUACAAUUGUACCUGUUCCGAAGGUUUCAUAGGAAUAAAUUGCGAACAAAAAUAUAGCGAAUGUGCGAAUCAACCUUGUCUCAACAAUGGUACCUGCCUCGAUUACGAUGGAUUUAUAUGUCAAUGUCCUGAUGGAUAUUCAGGUGAUUAUUGUGAAAUCGAUGCUUCGGUCUGUAACGAUACGAUUUGUAAAAAUUUCGGAGAAUGCAUCGAAGGACCAGGAUUCUCUUUCUUUUGUCGAUGUCCAGCAGGAUGGACUGGUCGUUUAUGUGAUGAAGAUAUUGACGAAUGCGUUACUUCGCCAUGCAAAAAUGGUGGGCUUUGUAUAAAUGUUCCAGCUACUUACACGUGCGCUUGUUUAUUCGGUUUUACCGGUAAAGAUUGUGACAAAGUUAUUUUACCCUGUGAUCAAAAUCUUUGUCAAAACGGCGCAGUGUGCUUAUUAGAAGACAAUAAAUCAGUCUGUUACUGCGUACCUGAUUAUCACGGAACACUGUGCGAACUCAAAUAUGAUGAUUGCGAGUCAAAGUCAGCAAAUUGCGAAAAUGGUGGUACUUGUAUCGAUGGAAUCAAUAGUUACACCUGUGCUUGUCCUCCUGACUAUAGCGGAAUGAUUUGCGAAGAGUACAUUUUCUCAUCGACAUCAACAUCGUUUAUAACAAAAAGUUCGAUAGAAGUAAAUGAUAGUAGCGUUAAGUCAACCGAUAUGUCUUCAUCGGAAUCUACACCUACGUCUAUGGGAUUCACAUCUACCAGUCCAAGCCUGUAUCCUUACCCAAUCACCACAUUAUCAACGACAAUUUCUAAAACUAUCGAUCAUUAUACGAAAUGGUAUCCUUCGAUAGAAACAACAUCAGCUACGCAGACAGAUCGGAACGUAAUCACGACCAGUACAGAAAAUGCUUCAUUUCUUACCGAAACACCAUUGAUUUUUGUACAUAUGUCAACUAAAAAAGAUAUUUCCGAGAGUCACACUGUAUCAGAAACACGGAUUACCGAAGAAGAAACAAUUCCUUCCACAUCUGAGAUUUCCAUAGCGAUAACAGAACCUAUUAGUUAUCAUAACUUCACGGAUGGUACAAAAAUAUCAGAAAUUGAUCAAGAUAAUAUUACGGAAUCAUUUUCAUCAAUGUCAGCAUCGACUUAUCAACAAACGAGUAAAGAAAUAAGUAGUACUCCACCAUAUACAACAAGUACAAUUGGAUAUCAUCCAACAGUAGAAGUGACCGAUUUUAAUGAUGUUAGGAACGAUACAACUACCCGAUCCAGCCGUUUAUUUACUGAUGCUACAACGGCAUCAUUAGAUACUGAUGAUUUUCUGGGAAAUACGACUUCAAUACAAACUGUUUUUACGACGGAACCUGUAGAACCUCCGACUGUUUCCACGAUUUCGGAAGGACAAUUGUCAUCCACGUUGUCGUCAACGUCUGUUAUUAUUUCUAAAAGUUCAACAACGCAAUCUCUGCAGUACAGCACUACUAUGAGUACAAUUGUAAAUGCAAAUCAAACUACAGUUAGUCUUGAUCUUGAAAAUAGUACAUUACAUACAAAAUACGAUCAAGUUCCCAUUGCGACGGAACAAUCGUCAACAAGUAUUGAAUGCAAUGAAAACUCUUGUGUAACUGGAACCAAUAUACCGUCUGCUCGCAAUGUAUCGGAAUGCAACUGUACAGAACACGAGGAAGAAUGUAAAAGCAUUAAAAGCGCGGCUUUUAAUGGAAAGUCAUAUGCAAGACAGAGUAUUAAUAUUAACAUUAAUAAUGGUACUAUGAGUCUUCGAAUUUACGUAAAACUUCGAACCCGUUUCAAAAAUGGUAUAAUAUUUCAUAUAUAUUUUGACGAUGAACGUUAUGCUUUAAUAUAUUUAGAAAGUAGUAUAUUGAAAUUUCAAUUCUCGUGUGGUUUGGAAACGAUGUUACUUGGCGAGAUUGAUUCUGCUAUUAAUAAUGGAUUUGAAGCGGAGAUCGAUAUGAGAUUUGAAUACUAUAUUAUGAAUAAAACUGAUAAAUGUUCCGCUAGAUUGUUAGUAAAUGGUACUACAGCCGUAAGCGGCGAACAAAUGUUAUCAUUACGUGAAAAGUUUCCACAUCGUGCUACUUUAAAUUUAGGUGGCAUACCAUUGGCAUUUUCCCAUUAUUUCCCUCGUGUAGCUAUGGGAUUUAUUGGUUGCAUGAACUCAUUGACGGUAAAUGGUAUCCAGAGAAAUUUUAUUCAUGAUUCUACAGAGACAUUUCAAAUUGAAGAAUGUACGUCAUUCUUUUGCUUAUCAAAUCCAUGUCAAAACUUUGGAGCAUGUGAGGAAACAAAUGGUGUUGUUCGUUGUCAUUGCGUUGCGGGUUAUACAGGGACAUUAUGCGAACGUUCAAUAUGCGACGAGAAUCCUUGUUCGCUAGGUGCGACCUGUAUAAGUUCACCCGGAACAGGUUUUAUUUGCAUUUGUCCUCUUGGAAAUCAUGGACUUUUUUGUGAAGAAGAUACCAUUGUUAUUCGUCCAUCCUUUUCAACUCUGGUACCAGGUUUUUCAUCAUAUAUUGCUUAUGGUGUUUCAAAUUCGAUAAGGGACACUAUGGAACUUAAAAUGAAACUCAUUCCACAUACUGUAGAUCAAAUAUCUCUCAUAGCUUAUUUAGGGCAAAGUGGUUCACGCCAAGAAAUAUCAGAUCAUCUCUCUAUAACGUAUGUACGUGGUUAUAUCAUGUUAACCUGGGAUCUUGGUUCAGGUAAAUCGAUAUUGACAACUAAUAACGGCGUCGGAGCAUAUGCUCCUACUAGUGCAAUUAUCAUUCAUUUGUGCAGUGAUAUUUAUGUAGGCGUACGCAGAAUCUUCACAAAAACACCCCUAACUUCCGUAUCAGCUGCAACUGCGCCAGGAAUAAAAAGCCAUAAUCCACAUACAGUACAUAUUGGAAGAAAAGGGAGAGAUGCAUGGCUUGCUAUUGAUGGUACAGAUAAUGUUACUGGCCAAGCAGCUGGUGCUAUGUCUCAACUUGAUGUGUCUCCUAUACUUUACAUUGGAGGUCACAAAUCAAAAAAUUUUGAAAUGCUACCACAUGAUCUACCUUUACACACUGGUUUCUCUGGAUGUAUAUUUGAUAUCGAAUUACGUACGAAGGAUACAGUCUUCCCUGUAACCAGUUCUAGUCCAGCUACUGGACGUGGCGUAGGAGAGUGUCACCGUAACGAAUGUAUUCGUCAUUCCUGUAAAAAUGGUGCAGUAUGCUUGAAUCAUGGUUCUACAUAUAGUUGUAUAUGCACGAAGGAUUGGACGGGUCCGGAUUGUUCUGUAGCAGUGGAAAAACGUUUUUCUAGUAAUUUAUCAACCUGUCAUAUAUCGAAUUAAUAAAUAAUUUCAUAAUGUCACAUAAAAAGCUAAACAUAUUACUAUUCUUCAUAUUUUAUUAAAUUAUUACAAACCUUGUUGAUAUAUUAUGUUAAAGUACCAAUAAUUUAAUAUUCCACAGGAAUAGUUAACUAUUGAGAAUUUUAUUUCCUUUGGGUAGCGAAGUAACUAAGUAUGAAUUUAAAUGUACAAAUAGGACUGCAGCUGCCACACGAGAUUGUAAAUCGUAUUUACUGAGAUCAUGAGACCAUUCAAUGUUUCCCCAGUGUGAAAUCUAUAAAUUACAUGCGAUAAUGGAUAUAUUAAACUGCACUUGUAAUA